CAAACCCCAGCUCCCAGCACCGACCAAAUACUAUGUUGGACUAUCGCAAACAAUUCUUUCCGGAUGCGGAGUUCUCUGACUUCGUCCUCCGCGUCCAUCAUCCCCCGAUUGCUGUGCCCGGAGCGCUGUUCACCGACUACAAACUCCACCGCGUUAUCCUAUGCAGACAGUCUCAGUGGUUCCGACAGGCGUUCAAGGGCGUCUUCAAGAACACCUCUGACGUCACCGAAAUCCGCGAAGAAAACUCGAUCUACUUCAAUGCCAUGAUCCAGCACAUGUACGAAGGUUCCUACGCACUCCGCGAAGCCCACAACGGAGAUGAGAAAAUUCGGACCAUCGUUACCCACAUUGGUAUUCACAAGCUCGCGCAGAAGUACCAGAACGAUAGCCUCCAAGCCUUCAGCGUCCAGGCCCUUGCCGAAUUCAUGGCAAAGCUCGCAUCUUCUACUAAGGCCUCCAACCUCUCUUCGGCACAACAAGAGCUCGAGCGGCUCGAUGAGAGGAUCGCGAUAGUGACAGCCUGCGAGAGGUUCUACGAGACUGUCACUGCAGCCACGACGGAUACACCCGUGGGCCGGGUCAUCGCGAGCGCGGCAUGGGCUUGCGACGGCCUGGUCAUGUCUCAGCAGUUCGACAAAAUGCUGAAGGAGAGGCCCACUCUUGCUGUUGACGUAUUGCUGGGCAUCAAGGCUACGAAGCCAUCUCCUGAGGAGCUCAAUCGCCGCUGCGAGGCAAGUAUUCUGGCGGACCUCGGGCGCGAUUCUCGCCCUAGAAAGAUCAGAAGGGGAGAGCUAGGGGGUCUUUGA